UCUCUCCUCCGCGGUGAUAGCACCCGCGGCGGCUUCGAUGCGCGGCGGCAGCGAAGCCGCGAAGGCCGCGGCGCGGCGACAGGGGCGCGUGCCGUCUGGGCGCCGGCGGCAGGCCGCCGCGCUGCUCCUCGCGCUGGCGUACGCGGCGGCGAUGCUCGUGGUCUUCCUGGGCGGCGGCGGCGGCGCGAUGCGCGGCAGGCGGGCGCGGGCUCCGGCGGCGGCGCCGCCCGGGUCGGUGUACCGCAGCCACCUCGUGUUCGAGCGCCUCCUGCCGGACAUGCGCGCCGCCUCCUCCUCGCGUCCCGGCCCGUUAAUGACACCCCAUUAUAAAAAAUCUGGAAAGCGAUGGGUACCUUGCAUCAGCAAGAGGUUGACACAAUCAGCGUUACCACCAUCAAAUGGUUUUCUCAUUAUUGAAGCAAAUGGUGGUCUGAAUCAGCAACGCAUUUCUAUUUGUGAUGCUGUUGCUGUGGCCAGCUUACUUAAUGCAACUCUUGUCACCCCAGCUUUUCAUUUGAAUAGUGUUUGGCGUGACAAUAGCGGAUUUGGUGACAUCUUUGAUGAAGACCAUUUUAUUGAGACACUCAGAAAACAUGUAAGGGUUGUGAAAGAACUUCCUGAAACUGUUUCUGUGCAGUUUGACCAUAAUAUUAGCAGCAUACCGAAUAUGAGAACCAAAGCCUUUUCAUCUCACAGUUACUACUUAGAAAAGGUGCUUCCGAAAUUGUUGGAGCUAGGGGCUGUGCGUAUUGCUCCUUUUUCAAAUAGAUUGGCCAAUUCAGUUCCAUCAAAUAUCAAUGCGUUGAGAUGUUUGGCAAACUAUGAGGCAUUGAGAUUUUCUGAACCCAUAAGAAUUCUUGCAGAUAAUAUGGUUGACCGAAUGACCAAGAAGAGUUAUUUGACUGGUGGGAAGUACAUCUCUGUGCAUCUACGCUUUGAACAGGACAUGGUAGCUUUCUCGUGCUGUAUAUAUGAUGGUGACUUGAAGGAGAAUAUUGCCAUGGAAAAUGCUCGUGAACGGAGUUGGAGAGGGAAGUUUCACCGACCUGGGCGAGUAAUAAAUCCUGAGGCCAACCGGAGGAAUGGGAGAUGCCCUUUAACUCCUCUAGAGGUUGGAAUGAUGCUGCGAGGAAUGGGAUUCGAUAAUACUACCUCCCUCUAUGUCGCCUCCGGUAAAAUAUACAAUGCUAAAAAGUAUAUUUCUCUUCGGCAGUUAUUUCCACUUCUGCAAACAAAGGAAACACUCACUUCACCUGAGGAGCUUGCACAGUUCAUGGGGCAUUCAUCUAGACUGGCAGCAUUGGACUACACCGUCUGUUUACAGAGCGAAGCCUUUGUAACUACUCAAGGAACCAAUUUCCCUCACUUUCUGAUGGGGCACAGGCGUUAUCUGUAUGGGGGACAUGCAAAGACAAUAAAACCAGAUAAACGGAAAAUGGUGCUACUCUUUGACAACCCAGAUAUCGGGUGGUAUCGGUUCAGGCACCACAUGCAGGACAUCCGUCGCCACAGUGAAUCGAAAGGUUUGGGGCUCAGAAAACAGGAUGGAUCAAUAUACAACCUACCGAUGCCCGACUGCAUGUGUCAGCAAGCUGAAGCAUGAUCUGGCUGCGUGUGAGCAAAGUUAAAACAUGAUCUAGAGUAGCAUGUACACAGCAAGGAGGAGUCUGGCGAUUUUCUGUAACUGUAGCCACACCAUAUUAGUAGCAGUCAUGCAUAGAAAUUCAAUACAUUUUUCGGUAUGUUGGUAGAGUGAGGUAGAUAGCCAAUCGUGUGGUUGUUGAUAUGAAAAUCCAACCCAGGUGUGUCAGAGAUUUUGACAAGCUGAACACCGGUCGCUCGGUACUAUAUGUAAAUGUUACUCCAUCUGUUCUUUUUAUUUCGUACUUAUAACUCGACUGGAACAAAACUUUGUAAAUUUGAUCAAAUUUGUUAGGACCCUAUUUAAAUAUGAUGAUUCUCUUUAAAAAUA